UACAACAAUAGAUUUACUUGCAAGCAAAGUGACGAUUGAUUAAUACUGUUUGUUUAGUUAUUAAUUCUUUCACCAAAUCAAUUUUUAAUCCCGUUUUGUUUUGUUUUAUUUUAUUUUAUUUUGUUCUUUUCCAAUUAGAAAAAUCAUCAAGAAAUCAUUAAUUAGGUAAUUAUCAUCAUUAACAUAUAUAUACACGUAAUCAAUAUUAGUUAUAAAAUAGUAAUAUCUACUUAGUUAUGGAUAAAGAUAGAGAUUUCAGUUAUGGUCAAAGUACCAAUUUUUAUUUUGACCAUCAAAAACCAAAUGAGAAUAGAUCCCCUUCCAAUUCAAGUUCUAUUCCUCCUCCUGCACCAAGUCAAGAAUAUCCCCCAAUAUCAGAUGCCUUUUAUGAUCAUAACACUCUUCCUCCCAAUGGAGGCUCCAGAAUUGCUUCUGCAGCUUCUAGACAAGGCCCUCCACUCCCACCAAGUUCUGUUCUAGACGACGAAAAAGACCCCCAAAAUAACAUCGAUAAUGAUACCAAAUAUCCUCCAUCUGAAUAUACUCUCGAUGAAGAGAAAAACAUAGGUUUUCAAAAUAUUCCACCACCUGCAACUGAGGUCAAAUACUCUCACAAUUCAAGAUAUAAUAACGUGGAAAGAAUGCUUAUUUCAGAAACCUUAUCAAAACCUGUUAUCACUGUCCCAGAUAAAGCAACUAAAUUUUUGGGCAUUCCUAGAGAUGGUAUUACAGUUAAUACUUUAAUUCAGAUGUUUCAAAUUGUUUUGCAAAUUAUCACUAUUACUCUUUGCUCUCAAUCUUUAAAUUAUGAUGACACUGAAAUCAAUCGUUCAGUUUGGUCUUUUUUGAUUUCCCAAGCUGCAAUUAUAAUGAGUGUUUCUUCGCUCUUUGUAUUGAGAAUCCUCAAUUUCUCCCAAAACAACUGCAUAUUUUAUAGCAUUAUUUGUUGCUGUUUAACUAUCUCUGCUUUUGGUGUUUGCGUUGGUAUAUUGAUGCCUGCUGACUGCACAAACAGCCAGAAGUAUUGUGAUAUUAGAAAGGCUGUUACCUCAAUGGUAUGUGUCAGCACUUUUGUUUGGUUAAUUGAUCUAGUUAUCUUCACCACCAUUUUCUACAUUGCAAGAUUAGACAUAAUCCCAACUGGAACCCAGUUCAAUGCUCCUCCUCGUCGUGAUUUUAGUGCUCGUUCAGCUAAUAAUUAUCGAACCCCCAUCAAUGUCCCACAACCUCCAAUUGCUGAAGAUUCAGAAUUUACAAAGAGAUAUAUUAUCAGCGAAAACGGUUUAACCGAAGUUAUCAAUGAAGCUAUGCUUGAAGGUAAAAAGAAAGUUAAAAUAUAUACUGAAUAAUAAUGCUAUCUGUCUUUACAUUUCUGUCAAGUAAUUGUCAAUGAAGGUGAUAUUUAUCAACUCCAUCUUUAUUUUAUUUCAGAUUUCAAUCUGCAAUUUUAUUUUCGCUUGAACCAACUCCACUGAAUUAUUUCUUUUCUUUGAAAAACUUCCAAUUCAGUUCUAGCUAAGGUUAUCUGGUUUUAUAUUUGGUGUGUUUAUAUUUUUCUAAUGCUGAUUUUGGCGGUUUUGUGUCAAUUAUCA